AUGGACACCUUUGGUGGCGUUGGGACAGCGACGUCGCUUCUAGUACAAGCAUUUCAUCUAUUCCGACACGUGUCGUCAGCACGUAGUUUCGCAGACAGCGCAGGAACACUUGCUGCAUUAAUCGCAAUAGAAUACUUCCGUUUCGAAACAUGGCUUCAGCAGAGUGGUUUGCUGGUCGCCGAUUCAGUCACUGGUGAAUUUGUUGUUAGCGAAAGCUCAUUGCGCAGGGCUAUUCUUCUUGCCUCGGAUGCGCGAUCGCUGACGAUGGACUACGGUCGUGUUGAGCAACAUGUCUUGUUGGUUAUCAGUCAAGCACACCAAUGUCUUUUGUUGCUCCAGAAGCUGCGUGAGAAGUACUCUCUUCACAGCGAUGACAACCGUGCCGUCAGCACGGAGAAGUCUAACCCUACCGCGAUGCAUAUUAGCAGUGAGAUACGGACCGCGACAUCAUUAUUUCAGAACAACAAAGUCUCUGCAGGUAUUGAAAGAAACGCAAAGCUCAACCAACACCGCACAAAGACUGUUAGCUUCUUCCGUAAGGUGAACUUCACCUGGUCGUUCAAGGACGAUAUUAGCGACCGCACCAAGGUUAUGGAACAUGUUCAAACUCUCAAGUCCUGUAACGAUGCGCUCUUGGAAUGUCUGCCAAUCACGCAGCAGAACACAGCCGAAAGAAUCGUGAACAUGAAAGCGCUCGCCCUCUCAGAAUUACCCUCAGACUUGAAAGGACUUCGGAAUGCUGCCUCGACGUUCAAUGAUGCGAUGCACCGUCAGAUUUAUCAGGCGACGGUGAUUAAAGCUCGAAGAGUAGAGGAAAGCACGCAAACAGUAUCACGUCAAGAGCUUGACCAGGUUGAACUGGAUCGUGCAGGCCUAUCCUUUCAAGAGGAACAGCUGAUCGAUUCUAGAAUUUUGUCUCAAUACACUGUCGCUAACUCUCUAACAACAGAAAAGCUCAAUAUUAUCUUGGAGAGUGUGUCGUUCCCAUCCUCCCUCACUGAAGAUGACCUUGGCCUCUUGAGGGAUCGCAUUGCCUUACUCUGUACACUCCUCCGCAAUGCUGGCCACCCUUACUUUCCCGUACUUCCGCUUGGCAUCGGUUUCUUCCAGCAAUCUAGGACCUCGUUCACAUUGGCUUACCAACUUCCUUCAUUUGCUGAUCAACAGGAGCUUCCUUGCUCGCUCUAUUCUCUGCUUCCACGCAACAACUAUUCGAUUCAAAAUGAAAAACUAUUGGGGCUAAAUAGAUUCAUACCGUCACUCGAGCAGCGUUACAAGUUGGCUUCCGCUCUCGCUGAUGGUGUGCUCUCGUUACUCAGUGUUGACUGGAUGCACAAAACAAUCACAAGUCGGAAUAUUGUUGUAUAUCGUGCUUCAGGUAUGUUGAAGAUCGAUUCUCCUCAGUUUUUGGGCUUUGGUUUUGCACGUCGUGAGCGACCCGAUGAGCGCAGUGUUGAUGUACGCGACGAGACACCGUCUCCGUGGCGCUUCUGGCAACAUCCGGAACUGAGAUCCGCGGGAGAAGAACAUCGACGCUUCGAACGUCGCUUCGAUAUCUUUUCUCUGGGAGUUGUCUUGUUUGAGAUUGCUCGUCGGGACUGGCCGGCGCCGACGAAUUCCGUCGAAGGUUAG